UUUUUCGUCUCCUAACCACUAGGAGGAACCAUUUGUCAUUGUAGAGGCACAAGGAAGCAGAGUGUAAGCUGCCCAGUACGAAAGUGUAAGAAAAGGAGGAUAUUUUGGAAGGUGUCUGGAUGGGAUGGCAGCUUCAACAACGGAAAGGAGGGCUUUUGCCCAUAAAAUUAACAGAACGGUGGCGUCUGAGGUGAGGAAACAGGUGUCCAGGGACUAUGGGUCACCACAGCUAUCUAAGAAGCGUGCAGGAGCUCACCAACCUCUGCCCCUGACAGAGGUAGUGGAACCAGUAGACUUUGAGGAGUAUGUGAGCAGCCACGCUCCCGGACCAGAACCUGGACCACUCCGCCAGCUGAUGGAGUUCCCCCCGGAUGACCUGGAACUCGUCCUGCAGGAGAGAGAGUGCAGCACGCUUGAGGCAGCUCUGCCUGAGGAAGAGACACUGGACCCCCGAGUGCGAGACGCCCUGGGAGUUUACACAGAUGACUGGCUCAUCAUCCAGAGGAAGUACCAGCGCUACAGCACCACACAGUCGCCACACAACUCGGAGAGGCAGAGGGAGAAGCAGAGGGGCCUGGUCAAGCAGACCUUUGAGCUGGACGAGACCGCAACAGAACGUCAUGACGACCAGGACGAGGCAAAGCGUCGCUCGGUGUCCAUGGACGACACGCCGCGGGGCAGCUGGGCCUCCAGCAUCUUCGACCUGAAGAACUCGUCUCCCGACGCACUGCUGCCCUCAGUGCUGGAGCGCACCAGCGCCGAGGACAUGGACCGCCGCAACGCCGACGCUCGCCAGCAGGGGCGCCACACCGACUUGCUAGGCCUCUACCCCACACCUGACGAGGACGAGGCGGUGGAGCGCUGCUCCCUCCCAGAGGUCCCCAAAGAGCACAUGGGCCAGAGGAUCAUGGUCAAGUGUCUGUCCCUCAAGUUUGAGAUAGAAAUUGAGCCAAUAUUUGGAACACUGGCUCUGUAUGAUGUCAAAGAAAAGAAAAAGAUCUCGGAGAACUUCCACUUUGACCUGAACUCUGAUCAGAUGAAGGGCCUGCUGCGGCCUCACAUCCCCCACACGGCCAUCUCCACCCUGGCCCGCUCCGCCAUCUUCUCCAUCACAUACCCUUCCGCAGACAUCUUCCUGGUCAUCAAGUUGGAGAAGGUUCUGCAGCAGGGCGACAUAGGGGAGUGCUGUGAGCCCUACAUGAUCAUGAAAGAGUCCGACUCCACUAAGCAUAAGGAGAAGCUGGAGAAGUUGCGUACGCAGGCGGAGCAGUCCUGCAACAGGUUGGGUCGUUUCCGCAUGCCCUUUGCCUGGACCGCCAUUCACCUGCUCAACAUUGUCAGCAGCGUGGGGGGGCUGGAGCGCUCCGACCCCGACUCAGACAGUGAGAGAAAAGGGACGUGGAACGAGCGGAAGAAGAAGGGGUUCGAGCGGAUGAGUGUGGGGGAGGACAUGUGUAACUUCGCCACGUUCCGGCCAGCCACUCUCACAGUCACCAACUUCUUCAAACAGGAAGGUGACAGGUUGAGUGAUGAGGAUCUGUAUAAGUUUCUGGCUGACAUGCGUAGACCUUCUUCCGUCCUGAGGAGGCUGAGACCCGUCACUGCCCAGUUGAAGAUAGACAUCUCUCCAGCCCCCGAGGCCCCUCACUACUGUCUGUCCCCUGAGCUGCUGCAUGUCAAGCCCUAUCCAGACCUGCGCGUGCGGCCCACCAAAGAAGUGCUGGAGUUCCCCGCACGCUAUGUCUACACGCCACACACACACUACAGGAAUCUGCUCUACAUUUACCCCCAAAGUGUGAACUUCAGCAGUCGCCAGGGUUCAGUGAGGAACAUCGCCGUGAAGAUGCAGUUCAUGGCCGGUGAAGACCCCAGCCAGGCCAUGCCAGUCAUCUUUGGGAAGUCCAGCUGUGCGGAGUUUUAUAAGGAAGCGUACACGUCCGUCAUCUACCAUGACAAAUCCCCAGAGUUCUAUGAGGAGAUGAAAAUGAAGAUCCCUGCCAACCUGACAGACAACCACCACCUGCUGUUCACCUUCUACCACAUCAGCUGCCAGCCCAAGCAGAACACCCCCCUGGAGACGCCCGUGGGCUACACGUGGAUCCCGCUGAUGCAGCAUGGCCGCCUACGCACUGGCACCUUCAGCCUGCCCGUCUCCGUGGAGAAACCUCCACCCAGCUACUCUGUCCUCACUCCUGAUGUGCAGCUCCCUGGAAUGAAAUGGGUCGAUAAUCACAAAGGGGUCUUCAACGUGGAAGUAACCGCUGUGUCCUCUGUUCAUACUCAGGAUCCUCACCUGGACAAGUUUUUCACCCUGGUGUAUGUGCUGGAGGAGUACUCCUUCCCAUUCCGGCUGAAGGACGUCAUCAUCACUGAGGCCAACGUGGAGGCCGAGCUCAAGGCCAGCAUGGCUGCCCUCAAGGGGGCGCUGUUGGACACUUGCGUGCGCUUCCUGCACCAGCUGCUCAGCAAACUCAUCUUGCUCAUUGUGCACCCGCCCGUCAUCGCUGGUCAGAUCGUGAACCUGGGCCGAGCGGCCUUCGAGGCCAUGUCGCUGCUGGUGAACCAGAUCCACAAGAACCUGGAGGGCAACCAGGACCAGCACGGCCAUAACAACCUGCUGGCUUCCUACAUCCACUAUUCCUUCCACCUGCCCACCUCUGAGCCCAUGUCGCCCCCUAAUGCGGGCACACCGACCUAUGAGAUGCCCAUCCAGUACGCCACCCUGUCCCGUGCCACCGCCCGGCCCAGCAGCCUCCACCUGUCCCGCUCCAAGAGCAUCAGCAACUCCAACCCCGACCUGGCCACCACCCCCACCCCCGACGAGGAGGUGCAGAGGAUCAUUGGCAGCAAGGGGAUUGACCGCUCUCACUCCUGGGUAAACUCCGCUUACGCUCCGGGUGGCUCCAGGUCCGUGCUCCGCCGCAACCCCAACUCCAGCUGUGAGCUCAAGCAGGCGAUCGAGCGAGGCUCUAAUCGCAUGUCUGCCUUCCUGGAGAGCUCCACCUUCUUUCCUGCUCCCACACGGCAACUAGCCAAGAAGCUGCUUCAUGAGGAGUUGGCUCUGCAGUGGGUGGUGAGCACCAGCACAGUGAGGGAGGCCGCCCUGCAGCAGGCCUGGUUCUUCUUCCAGCUCAUAGUGAAGAGCAUGUCCCACCAUCUCUUCCUGUCUGCUCGCCUCGACACUCCCAGACGUCAGCGCUUCCCUGACCGCUUUGUGGACGACAUCGCCGCCCUAGUGUGCGCCAUCAGCGCAGACAUCGCUAGCCGAUACCACAAGGAUGUGGAGCUUGUUGAGAGGUUGAAUAGCAGUCUGGCCUUCUUCCUGAAUGAUCUGCUGUCUCUGAUGAACCGCGGCUUUGUUUUCAAUCUCGUCCGCUCCUAUUACAAACAGAUCUCCGCUAAGCUGCACGCGUCUCAGAACCCCAGCUCGCUGACAGCCCUGCGCAUGGACUUCAUGCGGAUCGUGUGCAGCCACGAGCACUACGUCACGCUCAACCUGCCCUGCUCCACCCUCAGCCCCCCCGCCUCCCCCUCGCCCUCCACCUCCUCCACCACCUCACAGAGCUCGGCGUUCUCAUGCCAGGUGCAGGAUCAGGGGGUUCUGAGCAUGUUUGAGCUGUCCGUCCCUUUCCGCCAGCAACACUUCCUCUCAGGCUUGCUGCUGUCUGAACUGGCCCUCAUACUGGAACCAGACGGAGAGGGGGUGUUCUUCCUGCAUAAGAAGGCCAUCAGUGCGCUCCACUCUCUGCUGUGCAGCCACGACUCCGACCCGCGCUACACCGACCCGCAGGUGCGCGCCCACGUCGCCCAGCUCUACCUGCCACUCAUCCCCAUCGUCAUGGAGACGCUGGGCCAGCUGCACGACUUCACCGACACCACCCCUACCCGCGUGCGCCACGCCUCGGCGCUCCAGGACGACGGUGACCCAGACGGCAGCACCAUCAGUCAGUCUGUCGCCAUGGCGAUCGCCGGCUCGCCCCUGCCGCACUCCAAGGCAAACCCCUUUGCGCUUCCCUCAACGGCGGGGCGUCAGUGCAGCUGUCUGUCGGCGGAGUGCAGCCGGACGCUGCUGGUGUGCUUCCUGUGGGUGCUGAAGAACGCGGACGCCUCGCUGCUGGAGCGCUACAUCUCUGACCUGUCCGUCAUCCAGAUCAACCGCCUGCUCGACCUGCUCCACCUCUCCGUCUCCUGCUUCGAGUACAAGGGGAAGAAGGCUCUGGAGAGGAUCAACAGCUUGACCUUCAAGAAGUCGCAGGACAUGAAGGCUCGCCUGGAGGAGGCCAUCCUGGGCACCAUCGGGGCCAGACAGGAGAUGGUGCGACGCUGCAGAGAGAGGAGUCCGUAUGGCCAGGAAAAUGUCAGAUGGAGGAAAAAUGUCACUCACUGGAGACAGAACACAGACAGGGUUGACAACAGGACCAAAGCAGAGGUGGAACAGGAGUCUCUGGUGGAUGGAAACUUGGCCACGGAGGCGUCCCUGAUUGUGCUGGACACACUGGAGAUCAUUGUCAAGACGGUGGUGGCGUCGGAGCUGAAGGAGAGUGUUUUGGGAGGGGUGCUGCGAGUUCUCCUCCACAGCAUGGCUGGUAACCAGAGUGCCCUGUUCCUUCAACACUGCUUCACCACGCAGAGAGCGCUCGUCUUCAAGUUCCCAGAGAUGCUGUUUGAGGAGGACACAGAGCUGUGUGCGGAUCUGUGUCUGCGUCUCCUCCGCCACUGCAGCAGCAGUGUGGCCUCUGUACGCAGCCACGCCAGCGCCUCCCUCUACCUGCUCAUGAGACAGAACUUUGAGAUCGGCAACAACUUCGCACGUGUGAAGAUGCAGGUGACCAUGUCCCUGUCCUCCCUGGUGGGAACGUCGCAGAACUUCAACGAGGAGCACCUGCGACACUCGCUCAAGACCAUCCUCACCUACGCAGAGGAUGACCUUGAGCUGCGCGACUCGCCGUUCCCUGAGCAGGUCCAGGAUCUGGUGUUCAACCUCCACAUGAUUCUCACAGACACGGUGAAGAUGAAGGAGCACCAACAGGACCCAGAGAUGCUGCUGGACCUCAUGUACAGGAUCGCCAAGGGUUACCAGAACUCACCAGACCUGCGUCUGACGUGGCUGCAGAACAUGGCAGGGAAGCACUCAGAGAGGGGCAACCACGCGGAGGCAGCCCACUGCCUGGUGCACAGCGCCGCCCUGGUGGCCGAGUACCUCAACAUGCUGGAGGACUGCCGCUACCUGCCCAUCGGCUGUGUCUCCUUCCAGAGCAUUUCCUCCAACGUGCUGGAGGAGUCUGCUGUGUCUGAUGACAUCCUGUCUCCUGAGGAGGAGGGCAUCUGCGCUGGGAAAUACUUCAGCGAGUCCGGCCUGGUGGGGCUGCUGGAGCAGGCCGCCUCCUCCUUCCACAUGGCUGCCAUGUAUGAAGCCAUCAACGAGGUCUAUAAGAUCCUGCUGCCCGUCCACGAGGCCAACCGGGACUUCAAGAAGCUGGCCACUGUCCACGGCAAGCUGCAGGACGCCUUCAACAAAGUUUACAACCAGAGCUCAGGAUGGGAGAGGAUGUUUGGCACCUACUUCCGCGUAGGCUUCUACGGCUGCCGCUUCGGCGACCUGGACGAGCAGGAGUUUGUGUACAAGGAGCCCUCCAUCACCAAGCUGGCCGAGAUCUCCCACCGUCUGGAGGAGUUUUAUGCAGAGCGCUUUGGGGAUGAUUUGGUGGAGAUCAUCAAAGACUCCAGCCCAGUGGACAAAACCAAGCUGGACCCCAAUAAGGCCUACCUCCAGAUCACGUACGUGGAGCCCUUCUUCGACACGUACGAGCUGAAAGAGCGGAUCACGUACUUCGAUAAGAACUACAACCUGCGCACGUUCAUGUACUGCACGCCCUUCACGCUGGACGGCCGCGCCCACGGCGACCUGCACGAGCAGUACAAGCGCAAGACCAUCCUCACCACCUCCCACGCCUUCCCCUACAUCAAGACGCGCAUCAACGUCAUCCACAAGGAGGAGAUCAUUCUGGUGCCCAUGGAAGUGGCCAUUGAGGACAUGCAGAAGAAGACUCAGGAGCUCGCCUUCGCCACUCACCAAGACCCCGCCGACCCCAAGAUGCUCCAGAUGGUGCUGCAAGGCUGCGUGGGAACCACAGUCAACCAGGGUCCUCUGGAGGUGGCUCAGGUCUUCCUCUCUGACAUUCCAGACGACCCCAAGCUCUUCCGCCACCACAACAAGCUGCGUCUGUGCUUCAAGGACUUCACCAAGAGGUGUGAGGACGCGCUGAGGAAGAACAAGGCUCUGAUUGGGCCGGACCAGAAGGAGUACCACCGUGAGCUGGAGCGCAACUACACCAAGCUACGCGAGGCCCUGGGGCCCCUCAUCAACCGCAAGAUCCCCCAGCUCUACAGGCCCCUGCCCCUGCCCUCCACACCCACACCCACACAACGGAAUUCCUUGAGCAGGUCCAGCUUUCGGCGGGUGGACUGUUGAGAUUUGGACCAAAUAGUUUUUUACGAGAGACUAAAGCUCAAGAAAUGCUCUGCCUGCUUAGUCCUAGUCAAAACCUGCUCUGCUAUCACAGACUCACUCUCUCCCUUAAUGUAUACACACACACACACACACACACACACACACACACACACACACACACACACACACACACACACACAUUCUAACACUCUUUCUGUCCUUUUCUCCCUCUUCCUCCUCUCUCUCUCUCUGUUAUUUCCACCCCUCCCUCACUCAUCGGCUUGCUGAGCUAUUUUGCUGUUCUCUCUCUGUGCUGUUGGAAAAUCAUCCACGCUGUUUAAUCUGCCUGUGUGUGUGUGUGUGUGUGUGUGUGUGUGUGUGUGUGUGUGUCUCCACUGUAAACACAGUCUCACUCACUCACUCACUCUCUCUCAUACACACACACACAAACUCUCUCUCUCUCUCUCUCUCUCUCUCUCUCUCUCUCUCUCGCUCUCGCUCUCGCUCUCGCUCUCUGUGCUAGUCUCCAAGGGCCGACAAGCCCUGUGUGCUGGCCAGCAGUUAAGACUGGGAAUGACCCCUUUAGCUGAGCGCGGGGGUAAUUUUAGGUUUUACUAAACUUGGGAAUCCAAACACUCCCCUGCACUUCCUCCUUCCGCUACGCUCUGUGUGUGUUUGGUUAGUGUGUCUGUAUGUGGGCAUGUGUGUCUCUGUGUGUGUGUAUGUAUGUAUGUAUGUAUGUAUGUGUGUAUUUUUAGGUUGUGUGUGUGUGUGUGUCUGUUUUCUAUACAAUUGCUUUUCUGUGUGCAGUGUUUGUGCUGGCACUUCAUCACAUUGAUAUAUUUAAGGGGUCAGUUUGCCGUCCUUAAAUCUUCAGUAUUGUAAUCUCCCUGUCGUUUCUGGAAUAGUGGAAUCACUAAUCACUGUCAGUCAAAAUGUGUCAGACUUUUCACAGCUUGGGACCAAAUACUGUACAGAUGAAUUCACAUUUGGAUACAUAUCUUUUGGCAUCUUGUAGGAAAUACCCCCAAAAGAAGUAAAGUACUCUGCUGAGACAGAGGGGUUUUUGUGUCCAUAGAUGAAAGAUAGCAAGUAAAAACAGAACAAUGCCAAUUAGACUGGAUUCCCCCAAGCACACGCACACACACACACACACACACACACAUACAUAAAUGUCCACACGGGCCUCUAAGAACUGAUAUAAAUCCACUGGCAUGUAAGUAACUGAGCCUCUGUGCAUGUACUGAGCCUCCAGCCCUGCCCAGUACUGAUGUAAUCUUUGUACCUAAUACUGUAUUUGAACUACUGUAUCUAUGUACCAGCUUGCACUACUCAUAUCACUGUUCUGUUCAACUACUGUUUGUCCAGACUACUCAACUGUUCUGUGUAACUAAUUAUCUUAAGACCGUAUGUUAUUCAACCAAAACAAAAACAAGCAUUUUUUUAUUUAUUCAAAUGUGACUUUGUAUUAAACUUCCCUCUUUGGCUUCAA